AUGGUAGGCACUACCAGCACCAGCAGUACAGUAGUAUCAACAGUUCCCUCUACAACUCCUAUUGCACCAGCUCCAGCACCACCAACCAACCCAAAAGACAUUCCGUGCACGUGUGGUGUUUUCCUCAGUGGACAAUUUGUGAAAGGCAGUGAUGCUCAACCACGAGGAAAUGCAGCUCUGCUCCAUGAACUGAUGGUGCCCUUUCCAUGCACACCUGUUGGCCUCAAACAGUGUAUCAAUCGCUGUCUUGAUACCAUUGUUAAACAUCUACCUAAUAGCCCAGCUAUUUUGUGUGGCUCUAUUGAUCGUGAUUGCUACAAGGAGAGGGCAUAUUUAUUUGUGAAGAACUGCAGUGAUAAAUGGGUCAACACAAAUCUAUCUGCUGGAAGGGAAUACUGUUGUAAAGAUGGUGUCCCUUAUAAGUGUCCUAUCAUGUCAUAA